AUGUUAGCCUAUAUUUACUUAUUUUUUAUGUUUACAACACUGACUUAUCUCAAUGCAAUACCGGUAUCAUCAAUAAAUCUCGAAUCUGAUCACGAUAAUAGAUUAUUGGAUGCAAUUCUUCUUGAACGACUCGGUCUGGCUUCCACUUAUCAUUUGACUCAUCCACAGCACGAGAAUGAUUAUCUAGUCGAUAAUGAACUUCUACAUGGCAAACGAGAUAUCGAAAAGAAAUGGGCCAAAUUCCAAGCUGGACGAGCAGGAUAUACAAUUGCUUUCCCCGCACUUAUUCGUACUCGUAGAUAA